GUCCGUCUAUCAUGCCCACUCAGCUGGAGGUGGCCAUGAACAUCAUGAUUACGACCUUCCACCAGUACACUUGCAAGGAAGGGGACAGAUUCAAGCUCAGCAAGGGGGAACUGAAAAUGCUCCUGCAGUGAGAGCUCAUGGAGUUCCUCUCAAUGAGAUGGUUGAUAAGUUGGUUGGUUGAUAAGAUAAUGCAGGACCUGGAUGCCAAUAAGGACAACAAAGUGGAUUUUAGUGAAUUCGUGGUCAUGGUGGCAGCUCUGACAGUGGCUUGUAAUGAUUACUUUGUAGAACAAUUGAAGAGGAAAGGAAAAUAAAGAUAAGUAUAGUAAGCUUAUCUAAGGGCAGAAGUAUAUCCAAUAGUUAUUUACUUCCUGUUCAUCUAUAGUCUUUUGAGACCUAUAGUUAUAAUAAAUGCCAUUUAUAGAUAUAAUAUACAUAUUAGAUAUAUACAUCAUAUUAUUAAAUGAUGUGUACCUUAAUAGUUUUAUUUAUUUAUUUAUUUAUUGAAAGAUUUUGUUUAUUUAUUUGAGAGAGAGAGAUCACAAGUAGGCAGAGAGUCAGGCAGAGAGAGGGGGAAGCAGGCUCCCUACCGAGCAGAGCAGAGAGCCCCUGAGAUCAUGACCUGAGCCAAAGUCAGAGGCUUAACUCACUGAGCCACCCAGGCACCCCAAUAAAUAGAUUUAAAUAUUCCAGAUCUUAUAUGCCCUAGUUGAAAUUUUCCUAUACUACUAAGGGUGCUUAUGUAUUUUUUUUUUAAUCUGUCAAAGAACAAGCAUCACAAAAUUUAGCUACUUUCACAUGAGACUAAAGCUUAGCAAACUUCCAAGAGAUAUUAUCACCCUUAAAUUGUAUUUGAAGCUUCUAAUCCUAUUAAUGAAAUUAAGUGGCUCUCCCACCCUCUUGUGAUUCUGCUUCAAAUGGAAGAAGUUGUGCAGAUCUAUAAGCAGAAAGGCUGAUACAUAGAAGAAAGUGCUAGCUUUGUCAGUGAGGAGAGGUGCAUUCAGGGCUAGGAAUCUAAGCCAGGAGAGCUGAAGCCAGCCACUCUUAAAGGCUGGUGUAUAAAUACCUUCCCUUGCCUCUUGGGUCCCCUAAUUCCAGGGCAAGUGUUUCACAUCACUUCCCAGUGCUUCCCCUGGGGUUAAGCUUCAGUGGCCUGCCCUGCCCAGGGAGGCGGGCUUGCUGUCAUACCUUCUCUGAGCUCCCUCCCUUUCUUUGUCUCACUCCAUACCCCCACCCUGUGUGUCUGCACUC